CAGACGCAAACUCUCGGUCCGGCAGAUCCGGAGCUCCCUGCGCCGACAGUGUUUAACGGCGUCCGCACAGGCGUCUCUGGCUUGCUGAACUCAUCAUAUUUCACUACCGACCAGACCAGCUUGGACAAUGCCCCUCUGAGAGAGAGAGAGAGCUGAUUUCAAAUUGAGCCCAAACAGGAUUUCAACAUGUCCAGCUCUCAGAGGGACAAUGGCUCUGCAAACUCAGCAGAGGCUAAGAAAACAGACCUGAGAAUAAAUGAGAAGAAAUGUUCAUGGGCUUCCUAUAUGACAAAUUCUCCAACAGUGAUCGUAAUGAUCGGCCUGCCUGCAAGAGGGAAGACGUACAUGUCAAAGAAACUCACACGUUACCUCAACUGGAUAGGAGUCCCAACCAAAGUGUUUAACUUGGGCGUAUACCGCAGAGAGGCCGUCAGAGCUUAUAAAUCCUAUGAUUUCUUCCGCCACGACAAUGAGGAAGCCAUGAAAAUAAGAAAGCAGUGUGCUCUGGUCGCUCUGCAGGAUGUGAAGGCGUACCUGACGGAGGAGGGAGGACAGAUCGCGGUUUUUGAUGCAACAAAUACAACAAGAGAACGGCGAGACCUCAUUCAAGCCUUUGUGAAAGAGCAUGCAUUCAAGGUGUUCUUUGUGGAGUCAGUGUGUGACGACCCAGAGGUCAUUGCUGCUAAUAUUCUGGAAGUGAAGGUGUCCAGUCCAGACUACCCUGAGAGACACAGAGAGAGAGUAAUGGAUGACUUCCUUAAACGAAUUGAGUGCUACAAGGUCACUUACCAACCGUUAGAUCCUGAUAACUACGACAAGGACCUUUCUUUUAUCAAGGUGAUGAACGUGGGCCGACGUUUUCUGGUGAACCGGGUGCAGGACUACAUCCAGAGUAAGAUUGUCUACUACCUCAUGAACAUCCAUGUUCACUCUCACUCCAUCUACCUGUGUCGGCACGGAGAGAGCAACCACAAUGUCGAAGGCCGCAUCGGAGGGGACUCAGAACUUUCUCCUCGAGGGAAACAGUUCGCCCAUGCCCUGCGAGAUUUCAUUGAAGAGCACAAACUGUCAGAUUUGAAGGUGUGGACGAGCCAACUGAGACGGACCAUCCAGACAGCGGAGGAGCUGGGGGUGCCUUAUGAACAGUGGAAGAUACUCAACGAGAUCGAUGCUGGUGUGUGUGAGGAGAUGACCUAUGAGAUGAUCCAGAAGACAUUCCCAGAGGAGUUUGCUUUGAGGGACCAGGACAAGUACCACUAUCGCUACCCAGGAGGAGAGUCCUACCAGGAUCUUGUUCAACGACUGGAGCCGGUUAUCAUGGAGUUAGAGAGACAGGGCAACGUGUUGGUCAUCUGCCACCAGGCUGUGAUGCGCUGUUUGCUGGCUUACUUCCUGGACAAAAGUGCAGAGGAUCUACCGUACAUGAAGUGUCCGCUCCACACAGUGCUCAAACUUACCCCUGUUGCAUAUGGUUGUAAAGUGGAGAUGUUUUAUCUUAAUGUGGAGGCGGUAAACACACAUCGAGACCGGCCUCUUGGUAAUAUCCCGAGGGACUCUGCUCUCAUACAUCGGCGGAAUAGUUACACUCCCUUGUCCAGUCACGACCAGGUCAAGCGUCCCAGGCUCUACAGUGCGGGUAAUCAGCCCUGGCUACCUCUUGCUCCCACCCCAUCAGCUCUGAUGCCAGAGGGACGGCAAAGCCAACCCCGGAUAGGAAGCAGUUGUCUGAGUCCCUGUGCGAAGGAAUCGACUUUGACAGCCCCGAAGAAACUAGUGGCUGUGUCCGCUUCUGAGUGAGGAUGAAAGCCUCUUUCUUCAUGGCACAUUGUCGGCAAAAGUUUUGGGUGAAGCAAAAGACAGAAAGAAAUGUUUUUUUGUUUUUUUUAACCACAUUUUUGGAAAUCAUGGUCAGAAUAGUGUGGGAUGAUGUCAAACAGUUUGUUUAGAGUACGAGGCAACCUGCACACAAGGUCAUUUUUGUUCCUGUUUAUUUCAACCUCCUGUUUGUCUUUACUCUGCAUGCUGAGGCUUUGAACUGGAGGCCUUAUCAUUAGUAUCAUAAAUUCUUCUGCAUGUGCGCCAAAAGAAAUCAAUCAACCAUCAGAACAUACUGUAUUAUAAAACUGGCAACUAAUCCUCAUCGUACUGUAAAUAAUACAAUGCCUUACUGAACACAAAAUAUAUGGAUAGAUUUAGCUCCUCUGAAUGUAACAGGAACAAGUUAUGCAUUAUUAUGAUGAAAAUCAAUUUUCACUGUUGCAAGCAGAAUAUGUUAUAAAGUAGAUGCUGUAAAAAUAUUUUUAUAUUACAAAUCCACUCAUCUAACAUAUGCAGACAACCUGUAGUUGUAAUUCUAAGCCAUCAUCUUUUGUGUCUUAUGUUAUAGAUUUGAAAGAAUGUACUCAUCAGGUUCUGAAGGAGAUUAAAAUACUGUACUGAGUUUCUGUUAUGGAAGCAUUUUAUGUGUUGUUAGAAAUUACACCACAUUGCUGGACAUACUGUACACCAGCAGUAGACAAACAAAGUUACUUUUCUGUCACAAGCUGCAAUUUAUUAACCUAAUGUAUCGAGCUAGUAUUAUCUGUCUUCAUAAACACUAAAUGGUCAAUGUUCAUCUGUUAAUCCAUUGUUCUUUAUACCUAUGUAUUCUAGGAAGCAAUUUUGUGCAACAAAGACAUAACAUGUUGAAGGUAGGUUAGCUGUUGUUUGAUACUUGUGUUCAUGUUAUCAUACUGACCAAGAAUUUGUUUGAAUGGCUUCAUGCAAGUGUAUCUUUUUUUCUUUAAUUCUCCUUAACAUCAGCUAUUUUUAUCAAAUAACUGAGAGUGGUACGAGUUUCUAUGACUAUGUAAUGUUUGACUGUUGACAAGUUAUUGCCCUGCUCAAAGCAGCCUCUUGUGCCUUUUUAGCAGACAAUAAAAGUGAG